AACAUACUUGCAUGCUUUGGUAUUGUAAUCAUGACUUGGGUCUUUGGCUGGCCUCUCUACGACGAUGACGCGCUCAAGAUUGCGAAGACGCGCAAUCUUGUCAAGGACCCGAACGCAGGAAAUUAUCGGCGCAUCGAAGUAGCCCAGCUGUGGGUCGCCGACCAGGUCGGCAUUGUCCCUGCACUCUCCUGCCGGGUCAACGAUGUUCCGGAGAUUGUAUUCGCUAUAUAUGUCGACUACGGUGACAAUCGCUACCCUCCAACCGACAUCAUCCUCGAGAACAUGACAAUGUCCGACAACUUGAAGCAGUAUCGUCGCCUCAAGAAGGAGAUGGUCGACGAAGAGAUUGACAACAGUGACGAGGGUAGUGCCGAGGGCAGUGACACGAGUAACGAUGGAAAUAGCGAUAGGGGAGAAGACGACAACGAUAACACGUCGACUUCCAGCGACGACGAAGACACGCUGGCCCGGGCAUGCGACAAUGAAACAGUGACCGACGGUGUAGUCUCGAGGUCGGACUUGUCCGCAGAGGGGUCCAGCCCCUCCGAGCUCCUCCGAGGUGGUCACAUCGCCUCCCGAUGGCCUCUAAAAUGCUUGUUGUACAUUCGCUAAGCCGUAGCGUCGACACAAGGCAGUUCGUUCCUCCUCCUCUUGCCAUCAUACUAUGCGGAAUCUGUAUUAUAGUACUAGUAUAUUCUGUAUCAUCACUUCGCAGCCAUCGACGUUGUGCUGUACUCUGCCUGUAUAACUGACCCAAUGUUAUUAUGUUCAAUC